AUGACCAACCUCUCCCGGAGCGUCGCCUCGCUCACGCACUCAGGCCCCCUGAAGACGCCAACGCCGCACCCGAACGAGGACCCGGACGCGUUCCACGUACGACAUACGUACGCGCUGCUCGAUCUUUGUGGCGUGAAGGGCGACGGCUUCGUUGAGGGUGUCGAGCGCACACGUGCGCGUGUAGGCAGCAGUCGCAACAGUCAGAUGGACGCCGCGCAGGCGAUCGCUGACGUCGACGAGAAGAAGAAGGAUCUCGAUGACAAGGAGCGCGCCGUCCUGCAGACGCUCGACCGGUAUGGCUUCUAUGAAUCGGGUGCGCACGAGCGGCUCGUCAAGAUGCCUGCGGCGCCACUAUCGCAACCACUGAAGAUGAUCGCGCCCGCGACCGUGGAUGCGGGCUCCGCACCAUCGGCCUUCGCUGCUGCCUCGAAGAACAACAACGCACCCCCGCCUCCAGCACCACCCUCACUGUCAUCAUUACCACCCCCGCAGCCCUUGACGAAGGAGGUGCCUCGGCUAGAGAAAUGGGGUCGUAUGGUCGUCCCGCUCACACGCGACGAGGGCGGGAACAUCGAGACCUGGGGCAUUCGCGAGGGCGUCUCCGAGAAGAAGCUGAAGCGGCGCGUGUACAAGGGUGUCCCUGAUCGGUGGAGAAGCGCGACUUGGGUCAUUCUCGUGCGGAGGGCUGUAUGCAAGGCUGGUCUGGGCGAAGGUCAUCCUGGGUUCGGGGGCGAGCGGCAGGUGGAGGCCGAGAUGAAGAGAUUGCAGUCGGUUUACCUGGAGAAGCUCGAGCAGCCGUCGUCCUACGACAUUCAGAUCGAUUUGGAUGUGCCAAGGACGAUUGGUGGACACGUUAUGUUCAAGACACGAUAUGGCUUUGGUCAAAGAGCACUGUUCCACGUCCUCCACUCAUUCUCGCUGUACUGCGAUACAUGUGGCUACGUUCAAGGCAUGGGCCCCAUAGCAUCAACACUACUCCUCCACCUCCCUCCAUCCACCGUCUACACCCUGCUUUGUUUCAUGCACUCGUCACCUGCGUACUCGUUGCACUCCAUGUUCGCGCCCGGCUUCCCUGGCCUGCUCGAGGCUAUCUACGUCCAGGAGCGCAUCAUGCAGACCACCAUGCCCGACGUCUACGCCGCGCUCCGCGACAAGGGCGUUGGCACGACCGCCUACGCCACCAAAUGGUACAUCACCCUCUUCGUCACCAGCCUCCCCUUCCAGACGGUGCUCCGCCUUUGGGACUGCUGGCUGCUAGAGGGGCGUGACGUGUGGGUGAUUCUUGCUGCAGCCGUCGUGCGCGUAUUCCGGGAUCACAUCGUCGCGCCCGGGGCUUCCUUCGAAAGCAUCCUCUCGCUACUCUCUUCGUUUUUCGUCCCCGAGGACGAGGACGCGCUGCUGAACUGGAUGUCCAAGAUGCUCGCGGACACAAAGCUGCGACAGAGCAUGGCGGAGUGGAGGCGGACGUGGGCGGGCCUGGUCAAGGAGGGCAAGGACGCGACCGCGCUGCUAUAG